AUGGCGCGCUCUUCGACGCCGCAGGGCAGCCUGCGCCAGAGGAACGUGGCCUCCACCAACAAGAAGGCGACCGAUGUGGCUGCCGGAAUCGAGACUGAGAUGGACAAGCUGGCCAAAGCGUCCCAGCAGAGGGUGAAGACAGACAAGGAGCGCGAUUAUCAAAUCGCCUUCGUCAUCAUCACCGUUCUCGCCUUUGUGACUCGAUUCUGGGGUAUCAGCCACCCCAACGAGGUCGUCUUCGACGAGGUUCACUUUGGCAAGUUUGCCUCUUACUAUCUCGAGCGAACAUACUUCUUCGAUGUCCACCCUCCGUUUGCUAAGCUCCUAUUUGCCUUCAUGGGCUGGCUUGUCGGAUACGACGGGCGGUUCCAUUUUGACAACAUUGGCGACUCUUAUAUCGAUAACAAGGUGCCCUACGUCGCAUACCGGGCAUUGCCGGCUAUUCUUGGAGCCCUGACUGUGUCUGUGAGCUACUUGAUCAUGUGGGAGUCUGGCUACAGCCUGCCCGCCUGCAUUGUCGCUGCUGGUCUCGUCCUUCUCGACAACGCCCACAUUGGCCAGACUCGCCUGAUUCUCCUGGACGCGACCCUUGUCCUCGCCAUGGUCUGCAGUCUUUUGUUCUAUAUCAAGUUCUACAAGCGACGCCACGAGCCCUUCAGCCGGAAGUGGUGGAAGUGGCUGAUCUUGACUGGAUUUGCUUUGUCCUGCGAUAUCUCGACAAAGUACGUUGGUCUGUUCGCCUUUGUCACGAUUGGCGCUGCCGUCGUUAUCGACCUCUGGGAGCUCCUCGACAUCAAGCGUCCAGGAGGUGCUUUGAGCCUCCCAGAAUUUGGCAAGCACUUUGCAGCGCGUGCCAUUGGCCUCAUUGUGUUGCCUUUCAUGUUCUACCUCUUCUGGUUCCAGGUCCACUUCACGAUCCUAAGCCGCUCCGGCCCUGGAGAUGACUUUAUGACCCCAGAGUUCCAGGAGACCCUCAGCGACAACAUGAUGCUUGCCAAUGCUCUGGACAUUCAGUACUGGGAUGAUAUCACCAUCAGACACAAAGAGACCAAAGCCUAUUUGCACAGCCAUGAGGACAAGUACCCGUUGCGCUACGACGAUGGCCGUGUAUCCAGCCAGGGACAGCAAGUUACUGGAUAUCCCUUCAACGAUACGAACAACUACUGGCAGAUCCUGCCCCUGGAUAAUGAGGAGAAGAAGGGCCGUAAUGUCAUGAACCACGACCUUGUGCGCCUCAGGCACGUUGCCACCGAUACGAUCCUGCUGUCCCACGACGUUGCUUCGCCUUCCUACCCCACCAACCAGGAAUUUACCUGUGUUUCCCUGGAGGAUGCCCUGGGCAAGCGCCAGAACGAUACUGUCUUUGAAGUCCGAAUCGAGCAUGGCAAGAAGAAGACCAACUUCAAGUCCGUUGCUACCCAUUUCAAGUUGAUCCACAACCCGAGCAAGGUCGCCAUGUGGACGCAUACCAAACCUCUGCCGGAAUGGGCCUAUAAGCAGCAAGAAAUCAACGGCAACAAGCAGAUUGCUGCCAGCUCCAACGUGUGGUUUGUGGAGGAUAUCCCUUCCAUUCCCGAGGGAGAUGCAAGACGCAACAAGCCGGAGAAGAAGGUCAAGUCCAUGCCCUUCCUUCGCAAGUGGUUUGAGCUGCAGAGGGCCAUGUUCUACCACAACAGCAAGCUCACCAGCAGCCACCCGUACUCUAGCCACCCCUACCAGUGGCCAUUCCUGCUCCGCGGCGUCAGCUUCUGGACCCAGAGCGAGACUCGCCAGCAAAUCUACUUUCUGGGCAAUCCUUUUGGUUGGUGGCUGGCCAGCAGUUUGUUGGCAGUUUACGCAGGUAUCAUUGCUGCUGAUCAGGUGUCCCUGCGCCGUGGCGUUGACGCCUUGGACAAACGCACCCGCUCGAGGCUUUACAACUCUACGGGCUUCUUUUUCCUGGCGUGGGCUACUCAUUACUUUCCCUUCUUCCUCAUGGGUCGUCAACUCUUCUUGCAUCAUUACCUUCCAGCACAUGUGGCCUCCUGCUUGGUGACUGGUGCCCUGGUCGAGUUCAUCUUCAACACCGAGUCCGUGGACGAGGAGGCCGUCUACGGAAAGGGCAGUGGACCUAAGAAGCAUGUCACUGCCCGUGAGCGGUACGGCGGUCAGAGCAUGAAGAGUGCUUGGGCCGCUGCCCUGGUGAUUCUGGCGGUUGCCAUUGCGGGAUGGUACUUUUUCCUUCCAUUGACCUACGGCUACCCUGGCUUGUCCGUCGACCAGGUUAAGAUGAGGAAAUGGCUUGGCUAUGACCUCCACUUUGCGAAAUAA